AUGCGGAGCUCUCUCUUCUCUGCUUGCGGAGCCCUUCUUUUAUCCGCUGGCGCUCUCGCUGACGCGACAUGGUCCAAUUACACCUAUAAAACCGGCCCCUGGCAGCCUCCCCAGCUGGAAGUGACUAAGACCGGCGUUGUCGACCCGGGCCUGAUCUUCAUUCCCGUCCGUAACUCUAACACUGCCGGUACCGCGGUGACAAUCUACGACAACGAUGGCGAGCUCGUCUACCAGGGUCCUGAGGAGGUUACCAUGGAUUUCAAGGUGCAGAAGUUGUUCGGUAAGAACGUUAUCACCUUCUGGUCCGGUGUGCCCCAAAUCGCUGGUGGCUACGGUUACGGUACUGUCCACAUCCUCGACGAAACCUACAACGAGAUCUACACAAUCACCCUCACUGGGGACUUCCAGACCGCCAGCGGCGAGGCCCGGGACUCCUAUAUUGAUGUUCACGAGCACAUCAUCACUCCCCGCAACACCAUUAUCGUCUCUGCUAUUAACGUCACCCAGCAUGAUCUCAGCUCUGCCGGUGGCCCGACUGAUGGCUGGAUGACCGUCAGCCAGUUCUACGAGAUUGAUAUUCCUACCAACAAGAUUGUGUACAAGUGGGAUGCUCUCGAGCACCAGGAGGGCAUUCCUCUCUCAGCAUCUAAGCAGGCUGUCCAGUCUGGCGUCUCUCGCGAGACUCCCUGGGAUUGCUACCACAUGAACUCUGUUGAGGCUACCAAUGAGGGCUUCCUGAUUUCCAUGCGCUUCUAUUGGUCCGCUUACUACCUGAAUCAGAACGGUACUGUCCGCUGGCAACUUUCCGGCGCCGAUGAUAACGAGGGCAACUUUACCGGCGACGAUAUCCGUUUCUCUUGGCAACACCACGCCCGUAUUUAUAAUGAGACCGAUGAGGCUUUCAUCCUGAGUGUCUUCAACAAUGCCAACGGGCAAGGCCAAUCCCAGAGCGAGACAACCGGCAUGGCCUUCGAGGUUGAUCUGACCAGCAUGGCCGGUACUUUGAUGUACAACGUGUCUGACCCCAACGACGCUGUCUACACCCAGACCCAGGGUAGCUUCCAGUUCCUUGGCGCCGCCGCUACGACCUCCAACCUCUUCAUGGGCUACGGCUCCGUCCCCAAGGUCAAGGAGUACGAUGGUGCUGGUAAUGUUGUUCUGUCUGGCCAGUUCGAUCCCCUGGGCCACGGCGAAUCUUACCGUGCCUUCAAGGAGUCUUGGACUGCUACUCCUUUCUGGAACCCCGUCGCUGUCGCUGAGAAGUCUCUUCUCUCGACUACUGUCUACAUGAGCUGGAACGGUGCCACCGAGUAUGACAACUGGGCUGUCUACUCUGUUCCCUCCAAUAGCUCUAACGCGACGACAUUGCUUACUACUGUUGAGCGUACUGGUUUCGAGACUCAGGCCACUGUGAGCACGCUGAACACAACCUACAUUAAGGUUGCCGCUCGCCAAAGUAGCACUAUUCUGCGCUUCUCGGAUGCUAUUAGCAUUUAA